AUGAAGUCGACAAAAUCCUCUGAAUCGUUGAAACAUAAUGUAGUUUUCUUCCAUUUAAUAGGGACUGCCUCUCUCCGCAUUUGCUGGCAAACUAGUUCCCCGUCUUGUAGGAAUGAAACAUCUGAGUCGUGGGGGCAUGCAUGGAAGCCGAUAGAAUUCACCCCAUAUGGGGCAUAGCGUCUAACGGGCUCGUUAAGCACGCUUGCUUUCCAGGCAUAUUCAUCAUCUUCUUUGGCGCCCUUGCGCGAUAACUCAUAAAUCUCAGCGUCGGAGAACUUCUCCGUGCAUCGGUUAAAGGAUACUUUCCCGACACCAAGUGCAGUAUACGCACGAGUGGUACGAGGGUGCAAGAACACGUGUGAGCUGUACAUCAUUGAUACAUGUACUGUAAUCGGUCGCGGAAUUGGUGCGUAUGAUCAUCACUUACAUCUCGUUGCGGCUUCCGAGUGGUUGAUUAGUUGCAUCUGCGGUUCUCUGCUUGCUCAUAUCAAGCGUUUCGUCUGUCUUCUUGACUCGCUUGGGCGCUGGUGUCUUCGUCGCAGUAUUACUGACGCUUUUGCGUCGUUUGGCAGUAGUUCGUGCCAUGACUUCAAGAAAGACC